AGGAAUCCGGAAAGAUUGUGCCAUGAAUGGUGAUACUCGGGCUGCAGUGGUGACCUCACCACCCCCGACCACAGCCCCUCACAAAGAGAGGUACUUUGACAGGGUGGAUGAGAACAACCCAGAAUAUCUGCGAGAGCGGAACAUGGCGCCAGACCUCCGCCAGGACUUCAAUAUGAUGGAGCAGAAGAAGAGGGUGUCCAUGAUCCUGCAGAGUCCUGCUUUCUGUGAAGAACUGGAGUCAAUGAUACAAGAGCAGUUUAAGAAGGGGAAGAACCCCACAGGCCUGCUGGCGUUACAGCAGAUUGCAGAUUUCAUGACGGCAAAUGUCCCCAACGUCUACCCAGCAGCCCCACAGGGAGGGAUGGCUGCCCUGAACAUGAGUCUUGGCAUGGUGACUCCUGUGAAUGACCUCAGGGGGUCGGAUUCGAUUGCCUAUGACAAAGGGGAGAAAUUGCUGCGCUGCAAGCUGGCGGCCUUUUACAGACUGGCGGACCUCUUCGGGUGGUCUCAGCUCAUCUAUAACCAUAUCACAGCCAGAGUGAGCACCGAGCAGGAACACUUCCUCAUUGUGCCUUUCGGGCUGCUCUACAGUGAAGUGACGGCCUCCAGCCUGGUGAAAAUCAACCUACAAGGAGAUGUGGUGGAUCGUGGCAGCACCAACCUUGGGGUCAACCAGGCCGGCUUCACGCUGCACUCCGCCAUCUACGCUGCGCGGCCUGACGCCAAGUGUGUGGUGCACAUUCACACACCCGCAGGGGCUGCGGUCUCUGCGAUGAAGUGUGGCCUCCUGCCAAUCUCCCCGGAGUCACUGUCCCUUGGAGAACUGGCAUACCAUGAUUACCAUGGGAUUCUGGUUGAUGAGGAGGAAAAAGUUCUAAUUCAGAAAAAUCUGGGCCCCAAAAGCAAGGUUCUUAUUCUGCGGAACCACGGGCUCGUGUCCGUUGGCGAGAGCGUCGAGGAGGCCUUCUACUACAUCCACAACCUCGUGGUCGCGUGUGAGAUCCAGGUUCGAACUCUGGCCAGUUCAGGAGGGCCCGACAACUUAGUCCUCCUGGAUCCUGGGAAGUACAGAGCCAAACCCCGUUCCCCGGGCUCCCCAUCAGAGGAUGGCACCGUUUCACCUCCCAGGUGGCAGAUUGGUGAGCAGGAGUUUGAAGCCCUCAUGCGGAUGCUGGAUAACCUGGGCUACAGAACUGGCUAUCCCUACCGGUACCCGGCUCUGAGGGAGAAAUCUAAAAAAUUCAGCGAUGUGGAGGUUCCUGCCAGUGUCACAGGUUAUUCCUUUGCUAGUGAUGGAGACUCGGGCACUGGCUCCCCUCUCAGACACAGUUUUCAGAAGCAGCAGCGAGAGAAGACACGGUGGCUGCACUCUGGCCGAGCCGAUGAUGCUCCCGAGGAAGGGCCCAACGGCAGCAGCCCCAAGUCGAAGACUAAGGUGUGGACGAACAUUACACACGAUCACGUGAAACCCUUGCUGCAGUCUCUCUCGUCCGGUGUCUGCGUGCCAAGCUGUAUUACCAACUGCUUGUGGACGAAAGAGGAUGGACAUAGAAGCUCCACCUCUGCCGUCCCCAACCUGUUUGUCCCAUUGAACACUGACCCCAAAGAGGUCCAGGAGAUGCGGAACAAGAUCCGAGAGCAGAACCUGCAGGACAUUAAGACGGCUGGGCCCCAGUCCCAGGUUCUGUGCGGUGUGGUCAUGGACAGGAGCGUGGGCCAGGACGCGCCCCUCUCUGACUGCACGGAAACAAUCGAAGGGCUCGAGCUCCCAGAGCAGACCUUUAGUCCCGCUAGAGCUCGCUCUGUUAGAAAGGGGGAGCUGGUGACAGCGUCGAAGGCCAUCAUUGAGAAAGAAUACCAGCCCCAUGUCAUUGUCAGCACCACGGGCCCCAACCCCUUCAAUACGCUCACGGACCGCGAGCUGGAGGAGUACCGCAGGGAAGUAGAGCGCAAGCAGAAGGGCCCAGAAGAGAAUCUGGAGAUGGCUCGGGAAGACAGAGAGAAGGGCCCUUCCGAGGGCCUGGCUGUGCCCCACACUCCACCUAGCACCCCUGUCAAGCCGGAGGAAGACAUGCCCCAGGAGCCAGUGUCUGGAGGUGACAGUGAUGCCGCCACCUUCAAGCCAGCUCUCCCUGACCUGUCCCCGGACGAGCCUUCAGAAGUGCUUGGCUCCCCGACGCUGAACAAGGAGGGAACCCGUAGUCCCCCCAGCCCCCCUGGAUCCCCCCGGGCAGCCAGCCCUGAGCCAGCCCCAGCUGCUGAGGAGGGGGUUGCUGCAGACCCCAGCAGCGAUGGGUCGCCAGGCAAGUCCCCGUCCAAAAAGAAGAAGAAGUUCCGCACCCCCUCCUUCCUGAAGAAGAGCAAGAAGAAGGGCGAGUCCUGAGGCCCGUCAGCAGCCGCCAUCACUGUCCCCGUUUCCUGUGCUGUCGUCUUGUGUCACGGAAUGCACCCUGACCCCGCAUAGCGAGCCCCCCACCUUUGCAAGUACUGCCAGGACCUGGGACUCACUCUGUCCCUCCUCCUCCCCCCUGUGCCUCAGUGACCCCCGCUCUGUUGGGCUCCCCCUCGCCCCAAGGUCUCAUGUGACAAACUGACUGGGCUUCCUGCAGGCCUCUCAUCUGGCUCUUUUCCAAAGCCUGGGCCCAGACCAAGACGUGGGAGACUGCAAGUAGGGUUUCGGGGCCAAGCUGGAGCCCCCAGCAUGGCCUUGCUCAGCUGCGUUACCUGCACCCUGACAGACCCACUGCUUUUUUUCAUGGGGCCUCUGGAUUCCUGGCACCGAGGGAACAGCGGGACGGGGCAUCCCUUCGAGAAUUUUCCUCCAUCUGCUUGCCUUGCCCUGCCUCGGGUCCCAUCUUGCUUCUUGUUCUCUGCCAGCUCCACUGUGUAUGGCCACCAAGCACCCAUCAUCUGGAAAGUCCUGACCGGGUACCUGUCCACACGUCGCCAGUCCUCCGAGUGGGACCCUUUCCACGGUUGCCGCGUCCCAGGGUGGGCCUGGUGCUGGGCAGGGGCUGAGGCCACUGCUUCGUGCCCAGCUCUUCUGCUAGCUGUGGGCGGCGACUCUGCCUUCCUGCCUGCCACCCCAGCCACUUCCCUCCACUUUUGUAGUCAGACUCUUUGUACCACACCCAGUUUAGUCGCAGACAGGCACAGCGUGAGGGCAGGGCCUGCGCCUCCUUCCACCAUGUUUUACUCACAAUAAAGUUCUUUAAGCACU